UCCAAGCUAUAACUACGCACCAAACAUGGAUAAACACUGGAUCAUGCAGUACACUGGGCCUAUGCUGCCUAUCCACAUGGAAUUUACAAAUGUCUUACAGCGCAAAAGGCUUCAGACAUUGAUGUCAGUUGAUGACUCCAUGGAAAGGUUAUACCAUAUGCUUGUGGAGACGGGAGAACUGGAGAAUACCUACAUCAUUUACACUGCUGACCAUGGUUACCAUAUUGGGCAGUUUGGACUGGUCAAGGGAAAGUCAAUGCCAUAUGACUUUGAUAUUCGAGUUCCUUUCUUUAUUCGUGGGCCAAGUGUAGAGCCGGGAUCAGUAGUGCCUCAGAUAGUGCUGAAUAUUGACCUUGCUCCAACGGUUCUGGAUAUUGCAGGACUUGACGCGCCUCCAGAUAUGGAUGGCAAGUCUGUCCUAAAACUUCUGGACCUCGAAAAGCCAGGAAACAGGUUUCGAACAAACAAGAAGACCAAAAUUUGGCGUGAUACAUUUCUGGUGGAAAGAGGCAAAUUUCUGCGCAAGAAGGAGGAAUCCAACAAAAAUGCCCAACAGUCUAACCAUUUACCAAAAUAUGAGAGAGUAAAAGAAUUAUGCCAACAAGCGAGAUACCAGACAGCUUGUGAGCAACCAGGACAGAAGUGGCAGUGCAUUGAGGAUUCUUCUGGCAAGCUUCGAAUUCACAAGUGUAAGGGAUCCAGCGACAUGUUCACCAUCAGAAAGAGAACGCGAAGCAUACACUCCCAGGGAUACAGCAAUAAAGACAAAGAAUGCAUCUGUGCAGAUGCUGAUUACCGAACCAGCAGGACCCAGAGAAAAAAUCAAAGACAGUUCAUGAGAAACCCCAGUGCCCAAAAAUAUAAACCCCGAUUUGUUCAUACUCGCCAAACUCGGUCCUUGUCUGUGGAAUUUGAAGGUGAAAUAUUUGACAUAAACCUGGAGGAGGAGGAACUACAAGUGUCGCAGUCCAAAAGUAUUAGUAAGCGUCAUGACACUGAAAAUGAGGAGGAUUCAGAAGACAGUAAUGAUGGUGGUGAUGGUGAAGAAGAAGAAAUGAUAGCUGAUGGCACCAAUGCUGUUGGCCAACCUGAUUCUGUCAGAGUGACACACAAGUGUUUUAUUCUUCCAAAUGACACCAUUCACUGUGAGAGGGAACUAUACCAAUCAUCCAGAGCCUGGAAGGACCACAAGGCCUACAUUGAUAAGGAGAUUGAAGCUCUCCAAGAUAAAAUUAAGAAUUUAAGGGAAGUGAGAGGACACCUAAAAAGAAGAAAACCUGAUGAAUGUGAUUGUAGCAAACAGAGCUAUUACAACAAAGAGAAAGGGGUGAAGGCCCGAGAGAAACUGAAGAGCCAUCUUCAUCCAUUCAAAGAAGCAGCACAGGAGGUGGACAGCAAACUUCAGCUAUUCAAAGAGAACCGCAGGAGAAAGAAGGAGAGAAAGGGAAAGAGGCGCCAGAAGAAAGGAGAUGAAUGCAGCCUUCCUGGACUUACGUGCUUUACCCAUGAUAAUAACCACUGGCAGACAGCACCGUUCUGGAACUUGGGGUCUUUCUGUGCUUGCACAAGUUCAAACAACAACACCUACUGGUGUUUGCGAACAAUUAAUGAGACACACAAUUUUCUCUUCUGUGAGUUUGCAACCGGAUUCUUGGAAUAUUUUGAUAUGAACACUGAUCCCUAUCAGCUGACAAAUACAGUACACACAGUGGAAAGAGGCAUUUUGAAUCAAUUACAUAUACAGCUAAUGGAAUUGAGAAGUUGUCAAGGUUACAAGCAGUGCAAUCCACGACCUAAGGGACUUGAAACAGGAAAUAAAGAUGGAGGAAGCUAUGAUCCACACAGAAAGAAGAAUAACACAACUUUACUCUUCCCCUGCUCUCACCAGAACCAGUAAACACAGCCAGUCCAGAGAGAGAGGAUUUUCUGUUGGGACAAUUAUGGGAUGGAUGGGAAGGCUAAACUGCCAAAUUUCACCGAGGACAUCGACUGGCA